CCGUCGCCGCAUACGCGUAUCGCCAUUUUCUCCGCUGCGGUCUCCAAAAUUACAUAUUAGCCACCAGAACCAACGCAUUUUUGGCGAAAUGGCCGUGUAGAGCAGCGAUCAAGCAGCCGCCAACAAACAGUGCAUCCAACCAGUGCACUGAGCCAAUUUUAAUUAAUCAAAAUGACGUCCUUUGUGGAAUCCCUCCGAUCUGCUGCAGUCGACAGCAAAAAAGACUCCGGCCCAUACAAAUCGCCUCGUACGCCGUUCGUCACCAACAACAGCCAUUAUGACCAUGAUGAUGACAGACUCACAGUUUGGCCUGGGAGACAUGGAGGCCCUUCUCUGGGGGCCUUCCUUUCCCACGGCUGACCCAACCGGGUUCCUGAACCCCCAGUGUGACCCAGCAGAGGAGCCGAACGGACCAGAGGGCCCUCUGUCCUUCUUCGCGUCAUCGUUGCCCUCUUCAUUUUCCUCCCCCUCCACCUCCUCUUCUGCCUCCCCUCCUGCCUUCUACUCCCCCCCCGCCUCGCCGCCCCACCUGCUGCCCCACGGGGACAAGGCCGGUCUUGGGCCGGACGUCCUCUCCCUCCCCUGGUUAGCCCCGUCCCCAAGUCUGGGCCGCGUUGGAACGGAGGUGGCCAGUGGCAAAGGCGAUGCGUUCCGCGACCUUGACUGGAUGACGGAGAGGAUGGACCUGAGCGAGUUCGACCUGGACUCUCUGAUUGGCUCGUGCAGCGCCGAUGACGAUGUCCCUAGCUCACCAGAAAGCCUCCUUGCCUCCCUCGACAGUCCGACUGUGCUCGACGCCCUCCCCCAGCCGCCCCCUCCACCUGCCCCCCUCAGCCCCCCUUCCCCCGCUGUGAUCAUCGUGUCUACCCCCACCGACUUUGUGAUGUCACCUUCUUCAGAGCCCGGGUUUGAAGUUGACCUUUGGGAAGCCGCCUCCCCGCUACCAUGCGUCCCCGAACCCCAGGAGGAGCUAGAGAUCAAGUCGGAGCCCGACUCUCCCGCGCCCUCCCCCGCCUACACCCUGGACCUGGGUUCCGAGGUGGACGUGGUGGACUGCGAGGCAAAGCCAGCACUGGUGGCGGUGCCCACCGCCGUCGUGCCCCCGGUCCCCAGGAUCAUCCUCUCCCUCUCCCCCACCCGCAUCGUCGUCCUCUUGACCCCAAAAGACCAAGUUACCACCACCGUGACCAACAUGCCAGCGGUGGACCAGUCCUCCCCGCGGGCCUCCCCCACAUCGUCCCGGCCCUCCCGGAGCAGACCCUACCCCGACCCCAGCCUCCAAUCUCCCAGCACCAGCGGAGCUGGCAAGGUGCGCUCCACCAGGGGAUCGACAGGGGAGGCGGGUGGUGGUAGUAGUAGUAGUAGUAGUAGUAGUAGUUGCAGCAGCAGCAGCAGUAGGUCGUCAAAGGCUCCCAAGGACAAGAAACUGAAGAAGAUGGAGCAGAACAAGACAGCCGCCACACGCUACCGCCAAAAGAAGCGUGUGGAGCAAGAGUCACUUAGCACCGUGUACUCAAACCUGGAGAGGAAGAACAUCGAGCUGAACGAGAAGGCUGACUCCAUGGCCCGUGAGAUCCAGUACCUCAAAGAGCUGAUGGAGGAGGUCCGCACGGCCAGGCUCCGGAAGGGUCUCGGUGGCGACCUCUAGUGGGUGGAAAGUGGAAGUGACAGGACUGCAAGAUGAGAUGGGAGGAAGGCGGGUGUAUGUGUUAAGCGCUGGGUGCUGGGUCUCAGGCUGUAGGUUUCAGUAUUUCCACGGAACCAGGGCCUGUAUUGAACUCGACAACGAAACUCGAUAACAAGAUCACAUCUACGUUUCAAAUUCACACAUGUUGAUAUUUGGCCCAUAAGACAAGCAAAUGCAACUAUGCAUCUAAAGCUGAUCUGAAUACUUGCCAUUUCUCUUCAUAGUUUUGAGUAUAGUAUUGUAUAAGUAUUGGAAAUCAAGACUUUUUAAAUCAAAUGCUAGUAUUGAGUUGUAAAACUCACACCUACUAUGUCUGAGGUACCCACUAUCCAGUUGUUAUCCUGAUGUGUCUCCUUUUGUUUUCAGUGUAAUUAUAUUUCUUAACUUUGUUUUUAGUAACUUCUGCCUAAAUAUGAAGAGUUGUUAGUGACGCUGUAUUGCCUAUCCAGUAUCUUAUGCAUUUGUUGCUCAUUGUGUGUUUCUCUGGACCUGACUAAUGUGUAAUGAUAUUAAGUUGAAAUUAGAAUAAACAUGUCUAAUGUCUCAAUAAAGAGAUUAUAACCCA